UCAUCAUAAUCAAAAAAUCGUUUUGAUGUGACAGUUGGUAAAACAAUAAAUCCGAGUUCAGGCCUAUCUUCUUCAUUCCCUGAAUUCAUCAUGAGUAGUCUAGGCAAAGUUGCAAAACCAAAAAGUGGAGUUGUGAAAAAGCUGAAGACCGGCGAUGGCUUAAAGGACGUUGUAACGAUCAUAGAUUCGAACAUUUUAUCCGAGACUAUUGGUCGGUCUCUACAAACAAAUUUAUCUUCGAACGGAAUUACCUGUCGGACGAAUGUGACAACGAAAAAUUUGGUCAAAUGGCAGCGCAAAAAUCAACAGACGUUCGUGCAAAAUGAUGAAAAUAUCGAACUAUCAGACAAAUUCACCGAUGAAGAUUUCAUCUUGAAAAUAAUUUCUGCUCAUGAACUGAACGCUGAAAUCGAUCGAAGAACGGUUAUGACCACAAUGCAACUGCUUAAAAACGAAAAUCCAUCUAAGAGGCUCACGAUUAUCGUUCAUGGAAUAAAGGAAUUUUGUCGAACGAAUAAGAAUGUGGGAAGACAUUUAUUCGAAAUGGCAUUGACGGAGUUGCAGGUGUUGCUCAACGUUAAUAAUCGACUAAUUGAAACUUCAGCGGAUUUGAAUAUAACCGUUCUGCAGUUUACUAAAAGCAUUGCUGAUAUUCCUUACAAGCAACAACAACGCGAACAAUUGGACGGCCAAAAUUUUUAUGUGACUAACGACAACAAAGACUGUGUUGCCGUUAAGGGUACGACAGGACUGUCCAGUUUAUGGCAACACCAUUUAACAAAACUGCCAAUGGUUGCGUUGGAGACUGCUGAGUCAAUAAUUGCCGAAUAUCCAAUGCCGCGAGUUCUUCUAGAGGCCUACGAUAAUGGCUCCAAUGGGCCCGAUCUUCUUGCAAACAUUCCAGUUCGCAGAGCCGGUGGACCAUUAACAUCUGUGCGUAAGAUUGGACCAGAACUGAGCAGAAAACUGCAUGCAUUGUACACAAACAUCGAUCCGAAUUAUGUUUUAUAAAUUUUUUGUUUAUUUCAUUGACGAAUUGCAGUUUUUCUGUUGAAGCAUU